AUGGUUUUUCUGCACAGACACAUCAGCGGCAGCAGCAUGGCCUCUCCUCCUCCUCCAACGGCGGGAUUCGGGAGUUCUGGGAAGUGUUUUCUCAUCGACAACCUGCUGCAGUCUCGUACCUCUGCAUCAGGAGCUGAGCGGCAGCAGCAGCAGCAGCAGGAGCAGACUCAGACCCGGAGGACUGAAGCCGGACCCAGGAGAGGAGCGGGUCUGAGGCGGAGCUGGGAGUGCGGAUUCCAGAGUCCGGUCCACAGUCCAGAGCAAGUCCUGCAGCACCCAGGUGUCCUGAGCCGGAUCCUGGUCCCCGGCCCGGACUACCCGUUCGUCCUGGCGUUCUGCGGUGGGUCCAGCCCCCCCCCGGUCUUCUCCAGUGAGUGUUUUCUGCCUCAGCUCCUCUCUAAGCGGCAGCAGCGGGGGCCCAUGCUCUUCACAGCUAAUCACUGA